AUGCAACUCUCCUCCGGUCUCAUCCUGCGCUCCCCGACUUGUACCUUGAGAUCUCCCAAGUCCUUCGUCAAUGCGAUCAUGUUCGCCCGGGCCACCAACAAAUAUGCGUCAUCCUCGACGUCCAAUGAGAAGAGGCAGUCUCCAUUCCAAUUCAGCUCCUCCGCCACGGUCAAUGCUUCCCGAGAUUCUUCCUCGAGUUCUCUGAAGAGGAAGCUGGAUCGCUCCAUGAGCACGUCCAGCACCUUGGGCUCUCUUCAUCAGCAGCCCUGGGCCGACGAAAACGCUCCUCCCAACUUCAUUGAUCUAACAGAUAAUAUCGAAGGUCAGCCCGACGUCCAAUACCCUGAUCUGCGGCCAAUAGAUGCCGUGAUUUAUCCUUCACUACCGCCAGUCCAACAAGGCUCUCCGACCGCACCUGCGAGUAGCACUGAAGUCCCAUGGUCGUCAUCGCCGGCACAUCACUAUGAAAACCCGAAAUCGUCAAGAGAUAUACCGGAGGCGCGGCCGGUGGGACCGAACAAGAAGAGAGCGCUACCCGCAUCAUUCACAGCUCAAGUCUCAGGGGCAUACAGGGAUGAAGCGGGCCAGCAUUCCCACAGAUUCGAUAGGUUCAGUGCGCCACAUCAGUUCCAGAACGCGAGCAGCCGUGACAAAGCGUCCCUUGCGAUGUCGGACAUGCUACAGAAGUCAUCGUUCGCCCGGCACCGAACAAAUGCGUCUGUUUCAAGGUCCUCGUCUGAACGCACGGUCUUGUCCACAAAGCCGGCCGAAACACCGCCGGUGACCUUCGACACAGUGUCGGCGCCUUUUUUGAGUGACGAGCAGAAAGCUGUCGUGAAGGCAGUCAUGGAUGAAGGGAAGAGCGUCUUCUUCACGGGGUCUGCCGGUACAGGAAAAUCGGUUCUUAUGAGGGCGAUCAUUUCCAAGCUGAAGCACAAGUACCGAAAGGACCCGGAUCGGAUUGCAAUCACAGCUUCGACGGGCCUGGCCUCGUGCAUUUUGGAAGGACAAACGCUGCACAGUUGGUCGGGGAUCGGGCUGGGAAAGGAACCGGCACCUGAACUGGUCAAAAAAAUCAGGCGCAACCAGAAAUCGAGACAAAAGUGGCUUCGGACCAAGGUGCUUAUCAUUGACGAAGUAUCCAUGGUCGACGGUCUGCUCUUUGACAAGCUCGAGCAAGUGGCACGUACAAUCCGAAACAAUGGCCGUCCCUUCGGCGGCAUCCAAUUGGUCGUUACGGGAGACUUCUUCCAACUCCCUCCUGUGCCGGACAAAAAUACCACAGCCAAGUUUGUCUUCGAGGCUGUAACGUGGAACACCUGCAUCCAACAUACCAUCCUUCUGACCCAUGUCUUCCGUCAAAAGGAUGAGCAUUUUGCAAGAAUGCUCAACGAGAUGCGGCUCGGCAAGAUGAGUCCUGCCACGAUCCGAGAAUUCAAGUCACUUUCGAGGCCCUUGGAUUUUCGCGACGAGCUUGAAGCAACUGAGCUGUAUCCUCGCCGUGAAGAAGUCGAAAAUGCCAACCAGAACCGUAUGCGAAAGCUGUCCGGUCAAGUUAUGACGUUCACUGCGGUUGAUACGGGCACCGCUGACCUUAACACGCGGAAGGCGUUGCUGAACAACUUUAUCGCCCCCGAAGUUUUGGAGCUGAAGAAGGGUGCGCAGGUCAUGCUCAUCAAGAAUAUUGAUGGGCAACUUGUCAAUGGCUCUCUGGGAAUCGUCCAGUCAUUCAUGGAUGAAGGCACAUUCUUCACCUACAAGGAUGACGAACCCACCUUUCUCCUGUCCCACGAGCCUGAUGAUGGAGACGAUGCGGAUAUAAAAGCCGCGCGCGAGAAGAUCCGGGAAGCCAGGAUGAAGAACUCGACCACGGGUGGCGAGCCUAGGAUGUUGUGGCCUAUGGUGAGAUUCAAUCUACCUGAUGGUACAUCACGCAGCAUGCUCUGCUCUCCAGACGAGUGGAAGACUGAAGCCCAGAACGGUGAAGUCCUUGCCAAACGGGUUCAGGUUCCUCUUAUUCUCGCAUGGGCAUUGUCGAUUCACAAAGCACAGGGCCAGACACUCAGCCGAGUCAAGGUGGAUCUCGGCAAGGUGUUCGAGAAAGGCCAAGCCUAUGUCGCACUGAGUCGAGCAAGAACAAAGGAAGGCCUACAGGUCCUCCGGUUCGAUGAGCGGAAAGUCAUGGUCCACCAGAAGGUGUUGCAUUUCUACUCCAAACUGUCUGGCCACGAGACGUUGGAUAAGAAGGAAGUCAAGAAAGUCGUGCCCGAAGAGGAUGACUUUGGCGACGACUUUACGCUUGAAGAGAUGCUCGAGGCCGAGAAGCAAAUGUUGAAGGCUGCGGCGUCGUAG